UUCGGGGGCUAUUGACAUGAAUGGGGUCUUGUGAAGUGCAGUGAAAGUGAAAAACAGAGUUUGGAAACGCCGUUGAAUACAGUAUGAAUGUCAAAGAACAAGACGAUACCUGCAGUAUAUUCCCGGCCGCUCUACCGUCUGGUAGUGAGAUUAAGGCUCGUGUACAGCAUUUCAUAGAAGACCAGAUACAGAGCUCAAUGUGGACUGGUGUGCUGAUCGGAGCUGCUGUUGCAGUUUCACUCAUCAGUAUUGUUGUACUUUUUAUGCAAAAAAGAUACAAGACAGGAGAAGAGCAAGCCGAGGGUCCUAAAUAUCGUUUCAGGAAAAGGGACAAAGUACUGUUUUAUGGGAGGAAGAUUAUGAGGAAGGUACAGACCCUCUCCUCACCAGCGACCUCAGGUCCAGUAUCUCAAAAGCGAACCAGAAAAAGAACGAAAGUUCUGUCAAUAGCUCGCAAAAUCCUGCGUAUUCGGAGGGAACCGCCAACCCUGCAGCCGAAAGAGCCUCCUCCGUCACUUCUGGAAGCCGAUCUAAAUGUAUUUGACAUGCAAAACUCUCACCUGCCCUCUGAGGUCCUGUAUAUGCUGAAAAACGUCAGAGUCCUGGGUCAUUUUGAGAAGCCCCUGUUCCUGGAGCUGUGUCGACAUAUGGUGUUUGUGCAGCUCCAGCAGGGGGAGGAAUUAUUUCGACCAGGAGAUCUUGAUGACAGCAUCUUUGUGGUGCAGGAUGGCCAUCUCGAACUGUGUAUCCACGAGAGUGAUGGAACGGUGGUGGUGGUGAAGCAUGUUUUGCCUGGAGACAGCGUUCACAGUCUUCUCAGCAUCCUCGAUGUUAUCACUGGUUAUCCAGCCCCGUAUAAAACCGUUUCAGCCAGGGCUGCAGCCCCUAGCACUGUGCUCCGCCUUCCAGCAAAGGCUUUCCAGUCUGUCUUUGACAACUAUCCAGAGACCCUAGUCCGGGUUGUUCAGAUCAUCAUGGUACGUCUUCAGAGAGUGACCUUUCUAGCUCUUCACAACUAUCUUGGCUUGACCACAGAGCUUUUCAACCCGGAAAGUCAAGCGGUUCCUCUGGUGUCAGUUGCUGGUGUUUUAGGAGAGGCCAGUACUGGGAAAGCACUGCGCAGACAAUCUCAGACAAAUGAGGAAUUGGGUGACAAAGUCCCUGAGAAGUCCUCAGAAGAUGAUGGCAUAAAGUUAAAUCCAACAGAGAGCCCGAGCACUUUAUUCAGGAAGUCUCGUUCUCUGUCAAGCCCUUCAGAUGGUGUGCAUGCUGUGUCUCCUGGUCAAACUUUAACCUUUGACAAAGCAAAUGUUACAAAAGAAUUUGUUCCUACAAGUCCAGUUAUUCAAAAGACUUUUCGCAAGAAGUCAGUGACAAUGCAGCAUGCACCUUCAGCAGUGUUUCAUUACUCUGACACCGGAGGUCACGCUACCCACAUUCACAACUGCAAGGUUAAUGCCAUUUUUCAAGCUGCCAAGAAGGAUCUGCUCAAGAUUAUUCAGCUUCAGGACCCCAGUCUUCUGGAAGAUAGAGUUACUCUGAGGCAAGUAAAAGCUGGAUCUAUAGUAGCAAGUGAAGGAGACCAGGAUGUAAGCGUGCAGUUUGUGAUCUCUGGAGCUCUGCACGUGUAUCAGAAAUUGAUUGACCGAGAGGAAGAGACGUGUUUGUUUGUGGCACACCCUGGAGAGAUGGUGGGUCACCUGGCCGUUCUCACAGGAGAGCCUCUCAUCUUCUCUGUGCGUGCACACCGUGACUGUUGCUUCCUGUCUAUCACCAAAGCGCACUUCUAUGAGAUAAUGCGUGCCGAACCUCGUAUGGUGUUAAAUGUAGCUCACGCGGUCGUACGGAGGGUCUCGUCUUUUGUCCGACAGAUUGACUUUGCCCUGGACUGGAUGGCAGUGGAGGCUGGCCGUGCUGUCUACAGACAAGAUGAUAAGUCAGACAGCACUUUUAUUGUUCUGAGUGGCCGCCUGCGUUCUGUCAUUAAGAAGGAUGAUGGGAAAAAAGAGCUUGCUGGAGAGUAUGGUCGCGGUGAUCUUAUUGGUGUGGUGGAAGCCUUGACUCAUUUGAACAGAGCUACUACAGUCCAUGCUGUCCGAGACUCUGAACUGGCUAAAUUGCCUGAGGGAGCUCUCAAAUCCAUUAAAAGGAAAUACCCGCAGGUUGUGACUCGUCUCAUCCGUCUUCUCGGGCAGAAAAUCUUGGGAAAUAUGCAACAAGCAAACGGUCCACUUGCAGUUCGCAGUCUUGGUUUUAACACAUCAACCAGCAAAUUGGAUGCAGUUAAUCCAGCUGCCAACCUGUCUACUGUUGCCAUUCUACCCGUGUCUGAGGAGGUGCCUUUGAUGGCCUUCACCCUGGAGCUGCAGCAUGCUCUCACUGCUAUUGGCCCCACUUUGCUUCUAACCAGUGACAUUAUCAGGCAGCGCCUGGGUGUUGCAGCUCUGGACAGUGUUCAUGAGUACCGUUUAUCCAGCUGGCUCGGCCACCAAGAAGACAUCCACCGAAUUGUCUUGUAUCAGUCAGACGGUUCUUUGACACCUUGGACUCAACGUUGCAUCAGACAGGCAGACUGUAUCAUUAUUGUGGGUCUGGGCGAACAGGAACCCACCGUGGGAGAUUUGGAGCGUAUGCUGGAGAGCAGUGCAGUAAGAGCUCAGAAACAGCUGGUACUGCUGCACCGCGAAGAUGGACCGCCACCCAGAGGAACGGCUGAAUGGCUUAAUAUGCGCAGCUGGAUCUCCAGACAUCUGCACCUGUCGUGCCCCCACAGGGUUUUCUCAAAGAGAAAUUUACCCAAACUGAGAGAGAUGUAUCAACGGGUCUUCGAAAAGCCUCCUGACCGACAUUCCGACUUUUCCCGUUUGGCUCGGAUCUUGACAGGCAACGCGAUCGCUCUUGUGCUGGGAGGGGGAGGGGCGAGGGGCUGUGCUCAGGUGGGCAUCAUUCGAGCAAUGAAUGAAGCAGGGAUCCCUGUGGAUCUGAUUGGUGGCGCCUCCAUUGGUUCCCUCAUAGGGGCGCUGUAUGCUGAAGAGCGAAGCGUCAGUCGUAUGACAGUCAGGGCACGCCAGUGGGCCAUGGAAUUUGGGUCUAUUUUUAAGAGGAUCAUCGACUUGACCUACCCAGUGACAUCCAUGUUUUCUGGAGCAUCAUUUAACUCCAGCAUCAGUGGUGUCUUUAAGGAUAAACAGAUUGAGGACCUUUGGAUCCCAUACUUUAACAUUACCACAGACAUCACUGCCUCCUCCAUGAGAGUUCACACUGACGGCUCUCUGUGGCGUUAUGUGCGUGCCAGCAUGUCUCUUUCUGGGUAUCUUCCCCCUCUGUGCGACCCUAAAGAUGGACACUUACUCAUGGAUGGAGGCUACAUCAAUAACCUACCAGCUGAGACAGCUCGCUCAAUGGGUGCCAAGUUGGUGAUUGCAGUCGAUGUUGGCAGUCAAGAUGAGACCGAUCUAACCAACUAUGGAGACUCUUUGUCUGGAUGGUGGCUGCUGUGGAAACGGUUUAACCCGUUGGCAGAGAAAGUAAAGGUGUUGAACAUGGCCGAAAUUCAGACGCGGCUAGCCUACGUGUGUUCUGUGCGCCAGCUGGAGCUGGUUAAAGACAGUGACUAUUGCGAGUACCUGCGACCACCCAUUGAUCGCUAUGGCACGUUGGAGUUCGGCAAAUUCGACGAGAUUGCUGAUGUUGGUUACCUGCAUGGAAAGACCGUGUUUGACGUGUGGUGCAGGAGUGGUGUAAGGGAGAAGAUGCUCAAAGACCAACAUCAAGAGGAGUUCCGCAAAUCCAAAAACACCAAUGUGAUGACCUGUCCCAAUGCAUCCUUCACCGAUCUGGCUGAAAUAGUCUCGAGAAUAGAGCCUGUGAAGCAGGCUGUCGUGGAUGAUGAGUCUGAGUACCAGACAGACUAUGAUGAAGAUGCAGUGCUGUCAGACUUCGAUCUUUCCAAUCCAAACAGUGAGCAUACGGAAGAGGAAGAAGAGGAGACUGCAGAUUCACCUGACACAGAGGAUGAAAUGGACAUCAGGCAAAGGAGACAUCGAGUAUCCAACCACACAAGCCACUUUAGCACCUGACCUCAGAUAUCUUUUUUCUAAGAUGUUUUAUCAGUCUUUAAUAUAGUGUAAGUUAUAAUAUUUGAUAGGGGAUUUGAUAAAAAAAUGUAACACUUAUGAUGUACUAUAACAGUUGGUUCUGACUUAUUUUUAGUCCCUAAAAGAAUGAUAAAUAGGUUUGAGAUUGUAGUCAAUAGAUAUUGAAUCGGAUAAGAUGGCACGUGGCAUGCACAUGGGACCUGGAUUCCGUCUCUGGUGCCAGUAACAAUGGAUUUAAUUUUUUAAUAAAGUGUUCUUUCUCAUUAAAAGGAUAGUUUACCCAAAAAUGAAAUAUUGGGUGAACUAUCUCUUUAAGUUUUGGAGUCAUAAUAGUAUUUUACAAUGAAUUUAUCAUGCAAACUAUCAAUGCAAUCGCAACAGAACUUUAUCAUCUGUGGUAUAAAAAAGGUCAUUCUUUUGAGGUUUUAUUCAAUUCAAUUUUAUUUAUUUAGCGCUUUUCACAAUUGGUAAUUGUUUCAAAGAAGCUUUACAUUAAUAGAAGCAGUGAAGAGCACAGAAAAUCGACAGAUAGCACAACAUAAUACACGAUAGCAUAAGCAGCUAAAUUUGCUGCGGCUAUGAAUCAACAUUAUAAGCGAGCGUAUGACUAAUGUAACGUAUAGAAGAGGGUGCUAAAUUAAGCCCAAGAAGGCUGCCUCCCCGAGUUGAAAAACCCCCUAGGAGAAAAAAAACCUGACUUUUUAGCUGGGGAAAUAAAAAAAGUCCUAGGAGGGAAAAACCCUUGGGAUAUAUAUAUAUAUAUAUAUAUAUAUAUAUAUAUAUAUAUGUAUGUAAACGGAUAAGGAGAUUAAGCGGGUUCUGCCAGUGGUCGUUGGUCAGGCAUCAGCUGGGCAUCACGCUGAAGGACGGCCAGUAGAUCAGAGGUGUGCUGCAUUUCACAUUUACCAGAACUGGGUCUGUUUGUCUCAUUGUCCUCAGGGUCGAGGACGAGACAGGGAGAGAGAAACAAAAUCCUAUUAGCGUAGUGGCCGUUAACAUGUAAUGCAAGUGUCACACAGUGAUGGGGUUUAAAUCCGCUUGGUUCCAGACAGGUUAACUAUUGCGGCAUAAGUAUGUUACCCACAGUUGAGGGUUUAGCAAAUUGGGGGCCCAAUGCGAAGGUAUCUAUGGUAAAUAUGGGUCACCAUCUGAUCUUUAAAAGAAAAUGAAACACGUCGACCUGUUUGACUAAGGCCAGAAGCCCCACUGUCGUCGUUAAUGCAGGUUCAGUGGCAAACGGGUCUAUAUGGCAUACUAUUCACAAGACCACAAGAAAACGCCAAGUAUUUAUUAUAAAGUCAAAACAGAAGAAUUGGCUUGGGAAAUUAACUGUGAAAGAUAUUCUUUUUUUUUUGCAGCUAUUUAUAUAAGAUGCAUCUCACACACGGAUAUAUUAUGUGAUGUUGCUCUUGGGGAGGAUUACUAGUCUAUUAUUAGUCAUUACUUGUCUCUUGCAAUAUAUAUUAUUUGGCUAAUUUUAAACUAAUCGUUGUCUGAAUCCUCAAUUCAUUGCUUGAUACUGAAUAUCUGCAGCAGCUAUUGAACUACUUUGGACUGCUAUCAAAAAUGUAAAACUUAUUGUUUGUUUUGACCUUGUACUGCAAGCUAAGCUGCAUGAAAAUUGUGUUACCACUCUUUAGAUGCAAUUAAAAGUGAUUAAUUAAUGAGAGAA